AGCCGUGGAAAAGCAUAUUGCCCAUGUGAAGAUCCUGAACACGAUAGGAGUUAGGGUAUAAAGUUAGAGAACAAUUGUUAUCAUUGGUAAAUCUAUGAAUGGAAAUAACAUUUGUGGAUGCAUUAGGGCAAAGAAGUGUGUUUGAUAGGUGAAAAUUGGCUUGGGGUGUACGAAUGCAAGUGUUACCAACAUGAGAGAUUUUCAAACAAAUAAUUUUUUGCUGGGUUUGACAGUGUUUAUCUGUUACUAGCUAAAUCUGUCAUUCAAUCGGAAAAUGAGUGGUUCUUCUUUUCUCCACGAGGAAGAAAGUACCCAAAUGGAUCACAAAGUAGAAGGGCAACAGAAUUCGGUUAUUGGAAGGCCACAGGAAAGGAACGUAACGUAAAGUCAAGUUCUAACAUUAUUGGUACAAAGAGGACACUUGUGUUCCACAUAGGUCGUGCACCAAAAGGGGAAAGGACAGAAUGGAUUAUGCACGAGUACUGCAUAAAUGAUAAACCCCAGGAUUCUAUGGUUGUUUGCCGCCUCCGGAAGAACAGUGAGUUUUGUUUGAAUGACACCACAAACCAAGGUUGUUCAAGUCGAACUCCUUUAUCAACUAUGCAAAAUGAUGGAAAUGCCGUCUCUGAAAUUGGUAAUGACCAAGGGGAUAAGGCAGUUGAAUGCAAUUCGAAGAAGUCUACUAGCAGUCAUGAUUCUCAUUCUAUUGAGCAAAUUGAUUCUGCAUCCGACUCCUACCCAAAACCAGUAACAGAUGCUAUGCAGACAGACUCUAAUGGGCACCAGAAGGGUUCUUAUGAUGAAGACUUGUAUGCGGAGAUACUGAACGAUGAUAUAAUCAAACUAGAUGAAUCUUCCGUGCCUGCUGCUCAUAUGAUGCCAGUUGUUGCCAACAACUCAGAUGCUGAACAUCAAUCUCAACAACAUAUGCAAGCCACUUUGUCGCAAGCAGUUCCUUUCCAAGGUACUGCAAACCGAAGAAUCCAUUUGAGAAAGAGAAAGGAAAAGUUUUGUGCAGAAUCACAGAACUCUUCCACCUCAGAGCAAUCACGAAAAGCUUUAGUGAAUUGGAUGGACGAUCGACUUAUGUUAUUAUAUGUAUUUUUUGUUUUUCUGGUACUGCUGGCUGUGUUUCUAUCCAAUUUUUGUUUUCCUGACGUUGCUGGCUCUGUUUCUGCUCGCUUUGGAAGGAUCCUGGCAAGUCAAAAACAUCACAUGUAAGUAUUUGCAAAGGCUUUCUGCCAUAAACGCUAAUAGUAGACUUCUUUUUCU